CCGGGGCGAGUACCGGGACUACGACCGCAACCGCCGGGAGCGUUUCUCUCCCCCCCGGCAUGAGCUCAGCCCGCCCCAGAAACGCAUGCGCCGGGACUGGGAUGAGCACAGCGCCGACCCUUACCACAGCGGGUACGAGAUGCCGUACAGCGGGGCGACCGCCGGCCCCACCUACGGGCCCCCCCAGCCCUGGGCGCACCCUGAUAUGCACGUGAUGCAGCAGCACCAUCUCCUGCCCAUCCAAGCCAGCAGACUAGGCAACAUCGCGGAGGUGGACGUGGGCAUUGCCCCGCCCGUCAUGAAGAGCUUCAAGGAAUUCCUGCUGUCCCUGGACGACUCGGUGGACGAGACGGAGGCCGUCAAGCGGUACAACGACUACAAGUUGGAUUUCCGGCGCCAGCAGAUGCAGGACUUCUUCUUGGCGCACAAGGACGAGGAGUGUGCCAGAAUCAAGAGAAUUCAAAAUCAGAAGUCACUUUUGCCGUCAGCCUGGAGAAUCUAAAUCUCUUGAUUUUUUUUGGUUUUUUCUUC